CUGAUUCCCCGUCACAACUCCCAGGCCCGACCGCUGACACGGCACGCGGCCGCGCUCCGGCCUUUCCAGCCAUCGCUAGGUCCCCUACGGACUCCCGCUCCUGCGAGAUCACCCUCUCCUUCUUCAUCCUCAUCCUCCUCCUCUUCCCGAUCUGCCUCGUCCAUUGGUGCUGAGAGUUUCAGGGAGCAGGAUGAACCAUCGCCAGCCGGAGCAUGAGCCCCUCGAGCAUUUUCAGACGCCGCUUGCAGAUCGCCUGUUGCGGCAUCGGUUCAAUGAGGAGAGGCAGUUGGGGUACGACAUUCAGCAGGUGAACGUGUCGGCGCCCGGGGUUGCGGAUUUGGCGGCGUACUCGUUGCUUUGCGAUUGGCUGACGUAUGCGGGGGUGUACGUGGACGUGACGCAGUUGCCUGGCCGGGAGACGACCCGAGUAUUCAUUGAGUUCCGCGCGCUCCAGGUGGCACCCAAUUUCGUGCACAUCUUCGCCACCUUCAUCGGAGACUUGACGAUCCUACCGCAGCCGAAUCGGGAGCCGGCGCGCAGCUUUGUGCGCGAAUACGCGAUGAUCGCGAGCGAGGAGGAGGAGAUCCAACCGCGAUUGCGGACGGCGACGACCCCACGGAGAACGUACAACGCGGUCAUCAUCCCGGAUUACAUUGAGCAGCGCGCGGAGAGAUUGGAGGACUUCCCGGAGGAAAGGCCGUUGCGGCCUCCCUCGUCGUAUCCCCGACCGACACCGAAGGCCCCCAAGAAGACGCCGAAGAGGAAGAGACGCCACCCAUCGCCAGGGGCGCAAGGCAGCAGGAUCGGCGGCGACGAGGAGGUGAUUCAGUCCGCACAUCCGCGGAAUCCGGACGCCGUGCCUGGGAGUGCGGCGACGCUUGUUAAGGAGGCUGUCGUGCCAUCGCCGCCCGUUCCGCGUGUGCCCGAUCUCAACCUUGAUGGAGCCGGGCCAUCAUCAGCAGCAGCAGCCGGAGGAGGAAGCCGAAUGGGAUUACCGGAUCCCAUAUCCUGACCCCCCGUCCUCGUGGGACCUCUACGUUCCCGCCAGCCACCGCGGGGUGCCCCGGUCAUUGACAUUAGUAGUUCAUCCGAGU